AUGGCAAACAUGAAUUCACUCAUCAAAUUGGGCCUAAUUUUGGCCAUUUUGUGCACUUCUGGCGCUUAUUCUUAUGAAACUUCUGAACAUGACUUGAAUGCUAUGAUCGCCGAAAUAGAGGCCACAAUAACCAUCGAUGAAUUGGGAGAGAUGUUUUUCGAGAUGUUUGAAAACGUCGAGUUCAAUAUACACGACAGGCAGGCGUGCGAGCGCUGCAACACUACCAUCACAUACAGUCGACUUCUCAUACAAUCGCCAGAUCUGAUCAAAUCGUUGGCUCCAAUCAUGUGUAAGAAAGUUGUCGGACAAACGAUCCGUGUCUGCGAGGGAUUGCUCGAGCGUAUGUCCGAACCCCUGGCAUAUCUCUUCCAACACACAAAACUCACAACACCUGAAAUAUGCGGCACUUUCUUGUCGCCCGACUGUAUCACUUUGUUUGGUCUCCCCUUCACUCACAAUAUCAAAUGGGAGUUACCUCUGCCUAAACGCAAACAAUUUACACCAAAAGCUGUAAACGAUAAACAGCUAAAAAUGCUUCACUUGACUGACAUUCACUUGGAUUUAUGGUAUACUCCGGGCUCUAACUCUUCGUGUGGUGAAUUUGUCUGCUGUCGAUCCACAUCUCCCGGGGAUAACCAUACGGCCGGCUAUUGGUCUCAAACCAAAGACAACUGCGAUUGUCCGCAAUAUUUUGUUGACAACUCAAUCAAACAAAUCGGUGACAAUCAUAAGGACAUAGAUCUAGUGAUUUGGACGGGAGAUAAUAUACCACACGAUGUCUGGAACACCACCAGAGAAGUCAAUCUACAGCACAUCCGAGCCAUGACUGAUACGUUUAAGAAAACAUUUGGCAAUUUACCGGUGUUUCCCUGUUUGGGCAAUCAUGAGUCGCAUCCCAUUAACUUGUAUGUUCCCGAAGAACUAUCAAUUAAAACACAGGGAAAGCUGUCUAUGAAAUGGCUUUACGACACUCUCGCCGACGAUUACUGGAAACAAUGGAUAGACACCGAAGAGGCGAAGAAGACGUUCAAAAAGGGCGGCUAUUAUUCAAAGAAAUUCAGCGAUACAUUGAAAGUGGUUGUAAUGAAUACAAAUAUGGCUCAGAAUGAAAACUAUUACAUCGCUUACGAUCCCAUCGAUCCGGACGGACAGCUCCAGUGGCUUAUCGAUGAGCUCAAUAGCGCUGAAACUGAGGGCUCGUAUGUUAUGUUAUUAGGACAUAUUCCUCCCUCUGAUUUAUACGCCUCGUGGAGUCAUAACUACUUCCGAAUUAUGGAAAGGUAUCAGCACUUGAUUGUGAGCUCAUAUUUCGGUCACACACACAAUGACGAGAUCGUUGUCUUGUAUAACAAAGACUUUGAAACCAAUGGCACGUAUGCCAUAUCUCACGGCUAUAUCGGCGCCAGUCUUACCACUUAUACACUGCUUAAUCCCGGUUACAGAAUAUUCACAAUAGAUAGUAAUGGAAGACCUUUGGAUUUUGAUGUCUUCUACACUAAUGUAACCGAAGAUAACAUUAAAGGCCAACAAAACCCUCCGAAAUGGAGUUCAGAUACGUCUGGGAAACAGAUGUAUGGAAUGGACUCUCUGUCCACUGAAUCGUGGGAUCUGUUUAUGUCAAGAGCCAAAAGUGACGAUAAACUCGUUUUGCGUGAACUGCGGGAAGUGAACCUUGAUAUAGAUGAAUUGGGACAGAUGUUUAAUCAGUUGAUGAAAGACAUUGAGGGCAAUAACCACAACCUGAAGGCCUGUAUGGACUGCAAUACAUCGCUGGCAUUCGGGCCAAUACUACUGAAAGAUCCCAAGACUUUGCAGGGAUUCGCUCACGCGAUCUGCUCUAAGACUGGCGGCUAUUCUUCGCGCGUAUGUGAGGGCACAUUAAAACUGAUGGCCGAACCGCUCGCACACAUCUUCACGUAUUUAAAAGUAACGAUACCUGAAAUGUGUGCCAUUUUAUUGUCGCCCGACUGUAUGACACACUACGGCCAGCCCUACACCAAGAAUGUUCUUUGGGAGUUACCUCUUCCCAAACCCAAACCAUUUACGCCAAAGAGUGGAACCGAUAAGCCGUUAAAAAUGCUUCACUUGACUGAUAUUCACUUGGAUUUAUCGUAUACUCCGGGCUCUAACUCGACGUGUGGUGAACCCAGUGGAACCGAUAAGCCGUUAAAAAUGCUUCACUUGACUGAUAUUCACUUGGAUUUAUCGUAUACUCCGGGCUCUAACUCGACGUGUGGUGAACCCGUUUGUUGUCGACCAGACUCUCCGCGAGAUCACGACGACAGACAUACGGCCGGCUAUUGGUCUCAAACCAUGUGGUCCUGCGAUUGUCCGCUCAAUUUUGCCGACGACUCCAUCAAACAUAUGGGCGAUAAUCAUAAGGACGUGGAUCUCGUCAUUUGGACGGGAGAUAACGUACCGCACGACGUGUGGGAGACAUCAGUUGAACACAAUAUCGCACACAUUAAGGCCAUGACUGAUGCCCUGAAGAAGGCAUUCCCAAACACACCGGUGUUUCCCUGUCUCGGCAAUCAUGAACCACAUCCCGUCAAUAUGUAUGUUCCCAACGCCCUAACAGUUGAAACCCAGGGUAAGGUUUCUAUGGGAUGGCUGUACGACACACUCGCCGACGAUCUAUGGAAACAAUGGAUAGACACGGAGUCGGCGAAGAAGGCCUUC